AUGGGGCCCCCGGGCAAUGGGGGAUCAUGGGGCCCCUGUGCCCUUGCCCAAACUCAAAAAAGCCUAUGAAAAAGGUACCAGGAGCAUUUCAUGGGGCCCCCUACUGACCGCGGGCCCUCGGGCAUGCCCGAGUUUCCAAAUGGUCAGUCCGCCCCUGUGUUGUACUGAUAAUUUGUCACUGAUCCAAAGGUUUUGGUGUUCAUGUGUUUGUUUAGAUGCAUUUUUGGAACAAUAGCGCUAUUCUAAAUUCACAAUUCUGACAUUCUGCCUACAGAAGAGAGAUGAUCUGAAGGCUUUUCAGAAAAUCAAGGGAUUCUUUGAUGUUAUAGUUCCAUUGUCCAUGC